AUGGCAUAUGCCGGAUUGCGCAAUCGUAUAUGCCUUAAAUUCCCGGCAUGCAUUUCGGUACUACUCCCAGGAGAGAGAGAGAGAGAGCAAGCGUGGGCUCGACUGUGUGGAACACGUUUUGGUCAGAUUUUGCCGCCCUCUUCCCACAAACAAACACUUUAGUUUCGCCAUUACCCGAGUCGGAGAUGAUCAUCCCAAUCCGCUGCUUCACCUGUGGGAAGGUGAUCGGGAACAAGUGGGAGUGGUACCUGGGCCUUCUACAGGCUGACUACACAGAAGGUGAUGCCUUGGAUGCCCUUGGACUGAAGAGAUACUGCUGUAGACGGAUGUUGCUGUCACAUGUGGACCUCAUUGAGAAGUUACUCAACUAUGCGCCACUGGAGAAGGCGUGAGAGACGAUGCAUGUAUUGAGACAACAAAAAAAAAGAAUCAUGUACAUCUAGGAUUAAAAAAAUCUGUACAUACUAACAUGUGAGCCAUAGUUCGGCAGCUCAACAGUAGACUAGAAGCAUUUACUAGUACACCUAACAGGAUUUGAACUGUCUGUUUUUGUUCUUGUUGAUGACACAACGAGCCCAGAUGUUGGCAUUGAAGCAAACAUUUGCAUGUUUCUUUGGUUGAGAAAUGGGCAUCAACAUAAUCAAGGUCCUUAUGUCUACUUUUGAAAAGUUAACGUUUAUUUCUGUGUCCAACAGAGCAUGGUAAAAACUCAUUGUAACAGACAAUACUGGGCUUUGCACCACAGGAAUAAUGCCAGCUCUGUAUUAUACUCCAAAAAUUGAUAUGCUACAUCAAUGUAGACUGUAUGGACACUAUGGUAAUGCUAUUAGAGGGCUUUAGUUACACAGUACUUGUUAUUGUAAAUACAAUAUUUGGUUUAAUAAAUACACUUUUCACAAAAUAGUGCCAG